AUGCCCUCUUCAAGCUCGGUUGCUGUUCAAACAGUCUUGUCCCAUUUUGUCAUUUUCGAUGUUCUAUUGCUAGGCAUUGUGGCAGCAGCCAGUGGAGCUGCAGGUGGUGUUGCUUACAUAGGUCUGAAAGGUAAUUCCCAAUGUGGCUGGAGAAAAAUGUGUAAUCUGUACUACCAAUUCUGCAGAUAUCUUGGAGCUUCCAUUGCCGUCUCUUUGAUCAGCUCCAUUGUACUUGCAUUGCUCGUUUUACUCUCAGUAUAUACCCUCUCUAAGAAAAUUCCUAAGUAG